ACAAACUCUUCCCCUUUCCAUUUUUUCUUCCCUAUAUAAAUUUCUUCAAAAUUUCAUUCUGUCCUUAAUCCACCAAAAAUGUCGACAGACAACAACAAUAACGACGAAAUGCUCACAUUGUCUCUGUCUUUUCCUUCUCCCACCGUUCCACCACCGCCUCCGCCACCUCCACCACCAUCUUCUCGCCGUCCACGUAAGCGAAAGCUAUCGCGGAUAUCGAAAAGCGAAACGAUUCCGCCUCCUUAUCCAUGGGCGACUAAUCGUCGAGCAAUGGUUCACAGUCUCAACGUACUUAACUCGAACCGGAUUUCAACAAUAACCGGUGAAGUUCAAUGUAGAAAAUGUGAGAGAAAAUACGAAAUAGGAUUUAACUUGCACGAAAAAUUCGCGCAAGUUGGAAGCUUUAUUUCAUUAAAUAAAGAAUUCAUGCGUGACCGUGCACCGAAUAUUUGGAUGAAUCCGGUUUAUCCAAAUUGCAAAUAUUGUGAACAAGAGAAUAGUGUCAGACCGAUUAUUGCAUCGAAGAAGCAAUCGAUUAAUUGGCUAUUUUUGCUAUUGGGUCAGUUUAUUGGAUGUUGUACACUUAAACAGCUCAAGUAUUUCUGCAAACAUAACAACAAACACAGGACGGGUGCCAAUGACCGGGUUCUUUAUCAAACGUAUUUGACUCUUUGCUGGCAGCUUGAUUCCAGUGGCCCAUUUGAUCACUAAACGUAUCAAAAAGUGUUGUUUUUGUCAUUUGGAAUGAAAAAGAGGCUAGAAAUUAAAUAGGAUUAUGUAAAAUUACUAUUGCUAGGAUGAUUUUGUUGAAAAAAAACUUGUGUUUGUGUGGAGUAGCUAACUUUUAUUUUGGGCAGGACCUAGCUAUAUAUUUGUUCUGUAUUUUUUUUUUAAUGUUACAGUUAAUUUAUGGUU